AGUCCCAGCAAUGAAGGAGGUGAAGAGCGAGCGGGAGCGAGGGAGCCGGCGACGGCACCGGGAGGGAGACGUGGUGGCGGCGGCGACCGUGGUGGUGAAGCAGGAGCGCCUCAGCCCGGAAGUCGCGCCUCCGAUCCAGCGCCACCCCGACCCGUCUGGCCGGAGCCCCACUCCGCCGGCCGCAGAGCCGGGCCGCCCUGGGCACCGCGGGAGCCGAACCCGAGCAGGCAGCCGGUCCCCAGCCAGAAAAAAAAACAAGUCUUCAGGGAGAAGGAGUAAGUCUCCUCGGAGUAAGAGAAGCCGAAGUCCUCACUACUCUAUGGUAAAAGUAAAGCAGGAACGUGAGGAUCACCCUCGGAGGGGACGUGAGGAUCGGCAACACCGUGAAUCAUCUGGACAAGAACACAGACGGGCUAGGACCAGUGACCGAGAUAGACACCGCAGCCAUUCCCACCCGAGGAGAACCUCUGAGAGACCUGGGAGUGGGCAGGCUUCAGGACGGGAUCGAGACAGCCAGAACCUGCAAGCACAGGAAGCAGAGCGGGAGUUCUACAAUGCCCGCCGGAGAGAGCACCGCCAGAGAAAUGAAAUGGAUGUUACUGGGAGUGAAUCUCAGGAGUUGAUUCCUCGACCAGGAGCCAACAGCAAAGACAAAGAAGUGCCAGUUAAAGAAAAACCAAGCUUUGAACUUUCUGGAGCACUUCUUGAGGACACCAACACUUUCCGUGGGGUAGUUAUUAAAUAUAGUGAGCCCCCAGAAGCCCGGAUCCCCAAGAAAAGGUGGCGUCUCUACCCCUUUAAAAAUGAUGAGGUACUUCCAGUUAUGUACAUUCAUAGACAAAGUGCUUACCUCCUGGGUCGCCACCGCCGAAUUGCAGACAUUCCAAUAGACCAUCCCUCUUGUUCAAAGCAGCAUGCGGUCUUUCAGUAUAGACUUGUGGAAUAUACUCGUGCUGAUGGGUCCGUGGGCCGCAGGGUGAAGCCCUACAUCAUUGAUCUUGGCUCGGGCAAUGGAACGUUCUUGAACAACAAGCGCAUUGAGCCACAGAGAUAUUAUGAACUAAAGGAAAAGGACGUACUUAAAUUUGGCUUCAGCAGCAGAGAAUAUGUUCUGCUUCAUGAGUCCUCGGACACUUCUGAAGUGGACAGGAAAGAGGAUGAGGAAGAGGAAGAGGAGGAGGAAGUAUCUGACAGCUAGCAAACUGAAACACAACCCAAACUCAGAGACCUUUCUUUGAAGACUGUGGGAUUGACUCAAAGAGCACUGUGGUCUGGUGCUCUCUGUAAUGCCUCUUAUUGCCUUAAGUCUUUCCUCUGUUGCUAACCAGCUUAUGUUACAAUAAGAAAACGAACUUAGGAGGACUUUUUUUCUGUGGCACAUCAACUACAUGCUUACAGGCAUGUUUUCAGAACAGUCUCACCAACACAUUGUGUUUUAGUUGAAACAUUUUGGCUUUCGUUGGUGCUUUAAGGACUGCUGCCUAGGAAACUCUUAAACCUCUUGGUUAGAGGGGAAUUGUGACUUCAUCUCUUUGUACAGUCAUUUUUAUUUAUAUAGUUGUGAUGCUUUGUGGACCAGGUGUUUUGUUUUUGUUUGAGGGUCAAAACCCUUAAACACAAUCUUAUUAAGCUUUGGUUAUCACCAAAACAACCUCCAGAGUAUACCAAAGCUUUGACCUGGUUGAGCUCUUGAGUCAUAGAAUUUGAUUUUGCACUUCGUUUUGGACGUGGGGGCAGUGGGAGUUUACCAAAUGGCUAAUUAUUGACUGUUGGACUUGCUUUUUGGAGCCUGCUUAUGCAUAUAUGGAAGAUCAUGGUGAUACCAGCAGGUACUGUGUUAAUGACACAGAAGGUUGAAAUGAAUGUCAUGGCUCUAUUUCCUGUGAGAGAAUUUUGAUUUCUCCAUGGAUAUGUACAUAACUAUUUGAUCAUCUUACCUAGCCUUCAACUUCGUUUUUUAUUCAAAUACUUUCUUUUUCCUUCUUUGAGAAACAUUGUCCUUCAUGUGGUAAGGGUCUUGCUUGAUUUUUCAAUGUGUGUAAGUCUAAAGGAGGUGGUGUUGUUUACAUGGUUCAUCUUUCUAUUAACAAUGUCACAUACAUUGUAAUUACCUUCCACAGGCUAGAAACUAUGGAAGUUAUCCAGUUUUUAAAUUUUCCACCAGAAUAAGUAUAAGUAGAAAAAGUGUCAACUACUCAUGAUUGUGCGUAUGUAUACAUGUAUAUGUAUAUAGUGUGUGAAAGAGCUGCAUACUAAUUUUCAUACGAGAAUAUUCAGUGAUGUACAUGUAAUACUGCAUUAAGUCAAAGGCCUCCCUGCAUUUGAAGAGCAGGUUUUUGUUUAUAUGUAUUUUUGGGAUAAAAAAAAUAAUAAAAUUUGUAAAUACCAUUGUAAAUACAAACUGCCAUUUCAAAAGCUAAUACUUUUCUGGCAGAGAAAACCUGUACUUACUGGUUUAUUUGUUGCUGCUAGAGGAAUCUGUAUUAGUAUACUUUGGGGGAGUGCCAUACUCCAUCGUGCUUGGAGGCGACUUAUGUCUAAUGCUGGAAGGACUGUGGACAUGGCAGUGAACAUACCUUUACUUGUGACUGCAGGAUUCUAUCCCUGGUGCUACAGAGAAAGAAAAAGAAUUUUAAUGAUGUGACUCAGUGGGUUCCAUCUCCAGCGUUGCAAAUAAAUGAAUUUUAAAAAGA